AUGUCCAACAGCAGCUCCAUCACCCAGUUCCUCCUCCUGCCGUUCACAGACACACGGGAGCUGCAGCUCUUGCACUUCUGGCUCUUCCUGGGCAUCUACCUGGCUGCCCUCCUGGGCAACGGCCUCAUCAUCACCACCAUAGCCUGGGACCAGCACCUCCACACCCCCAUGUACUUCUUCCUGCUCAACCUCGCCCUCCUCGACCUGGGCUCCAUCUCCACCAUUGUCCCCAAAUCCAUGUCAAAUUCCCUCUGGGACACCAGGGCCAUUUCCUAUUCAGGUUGUGCUGCGCAGGUCUUUCUGUUUUUGUUUUUCAUUUCAGCAGAGUUUUAUCUCCUCACCAUCAUGUCGUACGACCGCUACGUUGCCAUCUGCAAACCCCUGCACUACGGGACCCUCCUGGGCAGCAGAGCUUGUGUCCACAUGGCAGCAGCUGCCUGGGCCACUGGGUUUCUCAAUGCUCUGCUCUACACGGCCAAUACAUUUUCACUGCCCCUGUGCAAGGGCAAUGCCCUGGGCCAGUUCUUCUGUGAAAUCCCCCAGAUCCUCAAGCUCUCCUGCUCACACUCCCACCUCAGGGAACAUGGGCUUAUUGUGGUUAGUGCCUGUUUAGCAUUUGGAUGUUUUGUGUUCAUCGUGGUGUCCUAUGUGCAGAUCUUCAGGGCCGUGCUGAGGAUCCCCUCUGAGCAGGGACGGCACAAAGCCUUUUCCACCUGCCUCCCUCACCUGGCCGUGGUCUCCCUGUUUCUCAGCACUGCCUUGUUUCCCUACCUGAAGCCCCCCUCCAUGUCCUCCCCAUCCCUGGACCUGGUGGUGUCAGUUCUGUACUUGGUGGUGUCUCCAGCAGUGAACCCUCUCAUCUACAGCAUGAGGAACCAGGAGAUGAAAGUGUCCCUGAAGAAGCUGAUUCAGUCAUUUUUCUGUCGGCAACAAUAAGUUACCCAUGUCUCUUUAGAAGUGAUUUCCAGUUCAUCUCAGGAACCUCCUGUGCA